AUACCUAUUCUGAAGAAAACAUAUGGUGACAGCAUGAAAAAGGUAUUGCAUGUUGGUCCUGAAACCUGCUCGGUGGUCUCUCAAUUAUUGAAACAAGAGGAUACAGAAGUCUGGGGUAUAGAGCCUUAUGAGUUAGAUGAUGCUGAUGCCAGCUGCAAGAAUCUAGUUCGAAAAGGCAUCGUGCGAGUGGCUGAUAUCAAAUUUCCCCUUCCGUACAGGCCUAAGACAUUUUCCCUCGUCAUAGUUUCAGAUGCAUUGGAUUACUUGUCUCCUAAGUAUCUUAACAAGACUGUUCCACAGCUAGCGAGGGUAGCUUCUGAUGGCUUAGUUAUAUUAUCUGGUUACCCAGGUCAGCAAAGAGCUAAAGUGUCGGAGCUUUCCAAGUGGGGGCGCCCGGUAAUUGUCAAAAUUUAUUUUAUUUUUGGCACUUAUUAAUAGGCUUUUUUUCUUCAAAUACCUGACGAAAUGACUAUAAUCCCAAUGCUAUUUGUAUCUAUACAUAUGCAAGUGUUUAUAGCUGAUCAGUCUAUGAAAAAUCUUACAACUUAUAGAAAA